AUGUUCUUCCAAAAGGCUCUCGGCGUAGUGGCUGCCUCGGCGAGCUUGGUCUCAGCAUGCGCGCCUGAACUCUACAAGCGCUCCGGCCAUCAUCCCAACCAUAUGGUCAAGCGUCAGAACCUGCCAAACGAUAUCAAAGACUCACGAGGAUGGACUUUUGAGCUUUCGGAGGAGUGGAACGUCCUCAACCCUGGUAAACAAGCCCAUACGACUCACACGUGAGAGGUUCGAAUACUGAUCGUAACUUUGCACAGACUGGGGAUACUGCUUUAAUGGAACCCAACAAUCUCCCAUCGCUAUCGACUCUAGAUGGGGCCUUUCCACGAAGCACCAGCCGAAACUCAACUACCCCGAACGGCUCCUUGGGCGCUACAACAACUGGGACUUUGGCCCUCAAUGGAUCGUCGACUACGCCGCGAACAGCGAAAACGCCACCCUGACCUUCGAGGAGGAAGACGGCGAGAAGGAAGAAGUCAUCUUCCAGUCCUGGCACACCCACUCCCCCGCCGAACACUCCAUCGACGGCUGGUACCCGCGAGCCGAACUACAUCUCGUACACUACGACAAGCAAGGCGUCCCCCGCGCCGUCGUCGGCUUCCUGAUCGAGCGCCACUCCCACGCCUCUUCCUCCGCCUUUUUCGACCAGAUGCCCGCCUUCAAAUCGAUCAACUUCCGGGACGACGUCACCCUUCCCAACGUCACAUGCAAUUUGAACCAUGCUCUCGAGGCCGUGAAUGGUUACCGGGACUUCUACACGUACAAGGGCUCUCUGACCACACCGCCAUGCAAGCAGGGCUUGAGAUGGUAUAUUGCUAAGGAUGUCAUCUAUAUUAGCGAUCGGCAGAUGCAGGAGUUGUUGGACGUUAGCACUUUCUCCGCGAGACCCGUGCAGCGGGUUUGGCAGCAUGCUGUCAACGAGUGA